AUGAAGGAGCUGUUUGAGGAUGGCAAGCCCAACCCAGAGACCCUCCGAACCCACCUGGUGAAGGAGGGCCGGCUGGAGGAAGAAGUGGCCCUCCGGAUCAUCAACGACGGAGCCAACAUCCUGCGACAGGAGAAAUGCAUGCUGGAGGUAGAGGCACCCAUCACAGGUAAGAGAAGAAAACUUUAUUAAUCAAUUUGAGACAGAAAUGCUGCUAUACCCACCCCUCCGAUAUAAACACAGACACACAUUAGGUUGGAAAGAAGAACUUGGUAACCUUCCUAAUAUUGCGUUUCACCCCCUUUUGCCCUCAGAACAGCCUCAAUUCAUCGGGGCAUGGACUACAAGGUGUCAAGAGUACCUACUACCCCGUUCAAAGGCACUUCAAUCUUUUGUCUUGCCCAUUCACCCUCUGAGGCCGUGUCUAGACUUGACAGUUCAUGCAGCUUUAGUAUUCUGAUCAUAGAGUUCUGAUCAUGGAAUUCAGAACACGUCAUGCAUCCACACUUACAUUUAAAUGUGUCUAAUGUGUCCGCAGUGUUUCCGGAUUCCCUUGCUAUAUGCAUUCUACAAACAGUGGAAUAGGCAAAAUAUGAUAAUAACACAACAGCUGAUGGCAGUAGCUAACUAGCCAGCUUACCUCUGUAGCUAGCUGCCGGGGCGGCAGGUAGCUUAGUGGGUAAGAGCGUUGUGCCAGUAACCGAAAGGUUGCUGGUUCUAAUCCCCGAGCCGACUAGGUGAAAAAUCUGUCGAUGUGCCCUUAAGCAAGGCACUUAACCCUAAUUGCUCCAAGACCAUGGUGCUUGCCUAUGGAGCUGUGAGGGGAACGGCACCUCCGUACCUUCAGGCUCUGAUCAGUCCCUACACCCAAACGAGGGCAUUGCGUUCAUCCACCUCUGGCCUGCUGGCUCCCCUUCCUCUGCGGAAGCAUAGUUCCCGCUCAGCCCAGUCAAAACUGUUCGCUGCUCUGGCACCCCAAUGGUGGAACAAGCUCCCUCACGACGCCAGGACAGCGGAGUCACUCACCACCUUCCGGAGACAUUUGAAACCCCACCUCUUUAAGGAAUACCUGGGAUAGGAUAAAGUAAUCCUUCAACCCCCCCCCCCCCCCCCCCCCCCCUAAAAAAAAAUAUUAAAAAAAUGUGUAAAGUGGUUAUCCAACUGGCUAUAGGGUGAAUGCACCAAUUUGUAAGUCGCUCUGGAUAAGAGCGUCUGCUAAAUGACGUAAAUGUAAUGCUCCUGUAAGUCGCUCUGGAUAAGAGCGUCUGCUAAAUGACUAAAAUGUAAAUGUUGCAAUCAACGCUAAAGGGAUUGCAAACGGGUUAGCAUAACUCUAGCCAAACAAAAAAUAUUUUUCCAAAUUUUUGCUAGCUGGCUAGCAUUUGAGGCCAGCAAACACAUUCUUCACACACUAGGAAUGUAUUUCCUCCAACGUUAUAAUGAGAAGGUGCCUCCCGGUCCCAAAACAUACAUUUUCUGGAGACUUGUAGGUGGAGUGCUGAUGACGUCACCCACUGUAUGCGCUUUCGGUAGCCUUAUUGCUUCCAGUCUGAGGAGAAAUCCGCACAAAAUGCCUCCCUGACCACCACCUGAAGUGGUCAGCCAGAUCUGAACACACAGAUCUGAACACCCGUCUUUUCAAUGCAAUCUUUGUAUUCUGAUAGCAGAAGUCGCAUGUUAGUGUCAAGUGUAGACGCGACCUGAAUUGCACACAUACACAAUCCAUGUCUCAAGACUUUAAAAUCCUUCUUUAACCUGUCUCUUCCCCUUCAUCUACACUAAUUGAAGUGGAUUUAACUGGUGACAUCAAUAAGGGAUCAUAGCUUUCAACUGGACAGUCUGUCAUGGAAAGAGCAUGGAAGUUUUGUACACUGUCUAUGUGACUGGCUGUUGACUUGAAGCUCCCUUUCUUUCACUGUUUUAUGCAGGAAGAUAGAGUUGAGUACACAACACAGUUGAGUACAUUGCCUCCCUUUAUCUGAGGAGGAACUUACCUGCUGCUACUUUAAAGGGAGCGAAUGCAAAUAGGCACAUUUAGUCUGUCAUUAGGUCUAGUUGUGUUUAGCUUGUGAAGCCUGACCUUUUGGAUUUUGUCUAAAGCAACAUCCGUGUUUAGGAAGUUCGUUUUAAACCCCAGGUCUUAUGGAUUUAGGUUACAUCAUAUACGUCCUACGGAUUUGAAUAGUACACAUUAGUGCCUUAUUCUAGCCUGGUGGAAGCAGUCUGAUUCCUCCAUUCACCAUUCUGUUUUACUGCACGUAUCCGGUGAAACAGAAUGGUGAGAACGCAGGGAUCAGGUUGGUUCCAGCUGGUUAGACUACUUCCUCUGGCCUAUACAUAUGCUGAGUGAUGAUGAUGCAUUCACCUCUCUCUCUUAGACAGUCAGACAGAUGGACAGACAGUCAGUGCCAUGGCAUAGUGCCUAACCAGGCCCAGAGUAAACACUGGGCUGGGCAAUAUGAUGUGGUGCCACACCACUGUUUAAUGCAUCUGUUGACAGAAAGUGUAUUGGAGUGGAGUAGACUUAUUUUACUGGCCAGAGUUCUGGGUGUCAUCAACUGCCUUUGAACUAAACUCAGUUUCACACAGCUGUCCUUACCGUCCUGGUCCAGCUUCAGCACCUAUCAGAGUCCAAAACGUGUACGUGUACACACAGCAGUGUUCUAGGUUAGAAUAUUGGACCGUUGACUUUCAUACCUUUCGAAUUCUCACCGCGGCUCAGACAAUUUCUCCAAAUGUUAACACAUCCAAAUGAAUAGAGGACGCAUAUGUGGAGCAGCGUUGGUUGGGAAUUGUGGAGAGGUGCGCGUUCGGCCUGUGCUUCCCCCGCAGAUGGUGGUCUCAGAGCCAUGUACCUAUGUCACAAUGGGACGCCGGACUAUUGCGUUUCUGCAUCUGUGGACUUCGAAUUACGCAUUAGUCUCUCUAAUAGAGGCUUUCUCUUCUGACUCCCAUCAGGCUUAUUCAAGUAUUUUUUUGUAUUACAGAGAAAUAAUAGAGGAAAACAUAUUGAUUUAAUAUAGACCUACAUUUAUUCCCUGUAAUUCAAAUUUUUACAUGAAUAGAUUACUUCUUCAUAGACUGAAUGAGGCUACUCUCUCAAAUUACUGUCAAAGUAUUGUCAUAUAGGACCACGCAUCUCCUGUAUUAGAGGAUAAUAAACUAUUGUGUUUCCUUCCCUAACAGUGUUGUUUGUUUGUCCUCAGUGUGUGGAGAUGUCCACGGACAGUUCUUUGACCUAAUGAAGCUGUUUGAAGUUGGAGGCUCGCCCAGCAACACACGCUAUCUCUUCCUCGGAGACUACGUAGACCGAGGCUACUUCAGUAUCGAGGUGAGUUUACCCUACUGCCCCAAUUCCCACUAUCCUUUAGUUGACCAAUGAAAAAGGAGAAUCUAAAUUUGGUUGGAGUGGGAGGAGUGAAUAAAUAGCUGGGAAUCAUUGGGGGAUCAGGGUUGGCGACUGCCUGGUGAGUAUUAGAGACCACUCAAAAUGAGAGCGCAAAAGCGAUUGGCCCUAUUUAAAUCCUGCUGCAGGAGGAAAUUCCAUGUCUUGAGAUUGAAGGCGAGCAGUGCGGCAGAGGCAUUUAACUUUGUAAUGUGUGUCUGGCCCUGCUGGACUGGUGUGCCAUGUUUAAUUAAAAGGUUGACUCAGUGAAAUGUUGCCACGAGCAGCAUCGCAGAUAUUGAGAUGAGCGAGAUGCAAGACUUCGCUCUCACACAGUAUCUGUGCAUGGGUUUGCUUCACGCUGUUCACGGUGUGGUAGCCAGGGCACCAAAACAGUAGAGAAGUUGAGCCUCACGCUUCAACGCUCUUAAUUGUUGCGGAAAUUGACCCAAUAUGUUGUUUACUUUCUGCAUCUGUCAUAUUGCUGAGUCUACUUCUAAUAUACCUUGCUCUCUCUCUGGCCCAGGGAGGGACACCUGCUCUGCUCUCUCUCUGGUCCAGGGAGGGACACCCGCUCUGCUCUCUCUCUGGCCCAGGGAGGGACACCCGCUCUGCUCUCUCUCUGGCCCAGGGAGGGACACCCGCUCUGCUCUCUCUCUCUGGUCCAGGGAGGGACACCCGCUCUGCUCUCUCUCUGGCCCAGGGAGGGACACCCGCUCUGCUCUCUCUCUGGCCCAGGGAGGGACACCCGCUCUGCUCUCUCUCUGGUCCAGGGAGGGACACCCGCUCUGCUCUCUCUCUGGCCCAGGGAGGGACACCCGCUCUGCUCUCUCUCUGGCCCAGGGAGGGACACCCGCUCUGCUCUCUCUCUGGCCCAGGGAGGGACACCCGCUCUGCUCUCUCUCUGGCCCAGGGAGGGACACCCGCUCUGCUCUCACAUGGCAUUAUGUCAUGUCUGAAGUUGCUUAGGGCCAAGUCUUUUGUUACAUCACAUAGUCAAAACCUUAAUAUUAGCUGCCAUCUCGGUUUAUGGUCAUAAGUCUGUGGCUCUCCACAAGGCAGAGCAUGUGAAUUGGGGUCAGUGUCCCCUACUUUAGCUAGAUUAAUCUGGGUGAACGUGGUGUGUAGACCACAGAAAUAGCCUAGAUUCUAUUUCUAUGGUGUAGCCUAAGUUGUUUUCUUUGAAGUAGGGAUGGUUAUGUGUCUGUCUUUGUGUGUGAAGAGACUGGCUGUCUCAUGCUAGUUAAGUCUAAGGCCCUUUGCUGCCUUCAUGCCAACCAUCUGUCUCUGUAUAAUCAGGCCUGCCCCACAGCCCUGAUGUCUGCUAGACACACAGAGAAGGCCCUGCCAAGCCCUCUCCAGAUCCUACUGCCUUAACCACAGUCCUGCCAAACACUAUCCACCCUCAAGACUGUCGGGAGGGAGGGGGAGUGAGAGACACCCAAAUGGCACCCUACUCCCUAUAUAGUGCGCUAUAGGCCCAUUGGGCUCUGAUCAAAGGUAAUGCACUAUUUGGGGCAUAGUGUGCCAUUAGGGAUGCAUACAUAGACUACUCUUACAGUCCAGACUCACCAUUAGGAUUCAUGUAGGAUCAGACCCAUUAUUCUAUCCCCGAUGGCUUUAGUGGCCUCCUGAAAGAGGGUUUGCUGAAGGUGGAGAAACUAAAAUGAGCCUGCUGUUGGAUUUCUUUAAGUCGUUGUCGUCAUCACGGACGUCUCAGAUGGGUUCUCUGUCUGCUGCUUUCCUGUGCUUUCUGAAUGGUCAUCAUGGUUACUGCAUGAUUUAGUUUGAAAUGUGAGUGGGAAGUGAACAUUUCAGUCCAGAAGCCAGUGUCAUGUAAAGUGGAUGGUAGCAUUUUCACUUUUGCGUAGAUGGAGGGCAUUUAAAUAAUGAAUUUUACAGCCACUAAUGAGAAGAGCAGAGUGUGGAUGAUUUUAGCCCUAAAUUGGUACCAGACAGAGUGGAAACCUGGAUCCACACAGCAGAGUUUGACUGGUCCACAGGUUACAGAGCUGGGCUGGCUGGGUUUCGAACUAGGGCUGAGGGAGUUAGAUGGAAGAGCCAACAGGGCCGUAGGGCCUGGUCGGCUAAUUGGGCUAAGCAUCGUCCAGCUCCGUCUGUGGUUCUGGGGGUCUUUUGAUGGGAGGCGGUGGGUGAAAUGUCACAGAUGAAAAGGUGUCUGUGAAAGAGAAUAAGGAAUGACAGGUGGAGUCAAACACUGGGGAAGGUUUCAGGACAGGUGACUCAUGGGGCAUUGAUUAACUAUUCUGGGUGAAAUGUUGUCCUCCCUUCCCCUCAUAACCCAGGCAGGUGACACCUCUGGAAGCACAAUGUGCCUGUACAAAUCAAGGCUCAUUCCACUUCCAAAAUGUCAGAAACACUUAGCUAGUGUGGAGUCAAGCAUGCAGUGUUUAGUGUUCACUUCAUUCUCACUUACACCCUGGAAACCAGUGGCAAGGGUUACUCAGUGGACUAUCCUGGUUAAAUACAUCCAAAUGAAAUGACUCCAUGUGCUCUCUGUUACACAUCAUAUAUAGGCUAGUAAUGAUGAUGACCUACUGUGAGUGUACUGUCAGUGUCUUGCCCUCCUAGAAGGACUGGCAGAGAGAAGCUCUCUUUGCUGUGCUGCAUAUAUUAAACCAGUGUGUUGACUAGGCCAGUAAUGAGAUCUACCAUUGGUUGAAGGUCAAGGGUGGACGAAAGGCGACCGAAGCACAGCUCAUUGGAUGUAUAGGUGGCACCGUCCCAAAUGUCAAGCUAUAUCCUAAUGUAGUGUGCUACUUUUGACCAGGGCUCAUAGACCUCUGGUCAAAAUUAGUGCACUGCAUGAGGAAUAGGGUGCCAUUUGGGAUGCACCUGGUGAGAUCUAUCUACCCCACUGAAUUAAUCUCCAUCCACCUCAGUAUAAUCCUCCCAAUGGAGCUCUGAAUGGAAGCAGCCAGGCACUUAGGCCCUAUCCCCCACAUCCCCCAGCCAAUGCCGCCUCUGUACAUCCAGAUUGAUUUUGAUUCAGCGGAGCUGGGCUCAGAAACCUGUGUAUUCCAGUUCUCUAUGAUGGCCAAGCACACAGAGCCACUCUGGAAUCUCACACAAAGGAGGAUAGGCUAUACAAGGAAAGGGGAUCUCAAUGCAGUUACCUUGGUAAUGGAAAGAUUGACUUUAUCCUCUCACAGGAAGUAGAUAGCAUUACCAUUUCAGGCCACAGAUUUGCUCAGGGGUCUAAAUUGAGCAAAUGUGAACAAUCCAUUGUAUUCUUUGCCUCUGUCUCUUCACUCCUUUCUUCCUCUUUGAUACAGGAAAGUGCUCUCACCUAUGGACCCCACCCCCCCCCCCCCGGCAGCACACGCCUGGAUCAGGCUGAAGUGAAGUGUGUGUGUGUGUGUGUGUGUCGACUGUUGAGGCGAGGGAGGCAGCAGCCACUCAUGUCUGACACACAAUGUGCUGUUCUGCUGCCUUUGUCUGCCUCCCCCGCUCAGCUCAGCUCAAGGCUCCAACAGGCAGUCUGGCUGAAAGAGAGAGCAAGAGAGAGAGAGCGACACAAGGAGGAGCGCCUCAUUAAAACGCCCGUCAGCCUGAGGCACUCCACUCCAAGCCCUUCUGCUCUGGCUCCCUUCAGCCUCCACCAUCCACCCCCUCACUCACACUAGAGGUCCUUUCACCGACUCUACUGCCCCCCUCCUCACCCUGGUUCCCUCCCUGGCCUGAACCUCUCCCCAUGGUCAGCCAGUCCCCUAGCCUGGUCCCAGAUUGGUUUGUGCUCUUGCCAACUAUUUGCUUUCAUUGUCAAGCCAUGUUUGGCAUGCCAAUGAGUGACAAGGAGUUGGCAUGAUGGCACAAACAGACUGGCACUCAGGUUAACAUCUCAGCUCCAUAACACUCUGUCCGUCCGAGAAAUUAGGAUUCAAGGGUAGCGCAAUGCUCCCUCCCCACACCUCUCGCUUCCAUUGUCUGUUAUUGGUGUAUCAUUUGAAUGCACACCUGCUGGCCUUGGUUACCUUGGCACCUUGUUCUCAGGACUUAAUGUAGAGCUCUGGUUGUGUUCCUGGCUGUAUGUUAAUUCAGAAGAGGAAGACUGUGGGGGCUGAGAGACUGAAAGUGGCAAGCCAAGUGGAGACUAAUGAGUGCUGCUACCUUGUCUGUCUGUUGUCUGAGGCUGGAAGGUGGAAGGGGAAGCAGUUUCAUUUGGAUUGUAAAUGCUGCCAGCUUUUCAUAUUGUCGUCGCACAUUAAAUGCGGACCGGACUCUAUUUGGGUCCAGCAUCAAAGAGUGUCUGGGGAUAAAUUAAUUUUUAAUGAAUCUGGUGGGGGGGGGGGGGGGGGUUCUCCCCCAAUGAGUGCCCUAAACGGGGAGAGAUAAAAUGGUCUAUUGUUGCUUUUCAGAGGAGGUCAGUUUCAAUGCGCUGUUUCAUUUCUUUUCUCUGUGUACUGUAGACACAGGCCAUCUGGUUAGUUGAAGAGGUGGCUUUGGCUGGAUCAUCUGUUUUAACUAGGGUUGCAAAGGGAGGGUAUGUUACUGGUAACUUUCAAGGUUUACAAGUAAACUACCAGAAUUUUGAUAACUUUCAAGGAUUUUAUUGAAUUUAUGACAUCUAGUGGCCUUUUUGGCUACUUCAGAUUAUCACAGGUGUCUGUAAUUAUUUCUAAUUUAAAAUAGAAUGACAAAGCUGUAAAACAUUAUCCUAAAUAUAACCCAUCAACUUAGUGAAUACCAUUGGCGUUUUAAAAGGAGGGUUUCAACAUGAAAUGUCCUUUAUAUUUUACACCAUGGGUCGCGUUAAUGCAGAAUUCUGUUUUUAUCACACAGAAAAGAGAUAAAACGCCUAAGAAAUAUCUUGCUGCGUUUUGUAAGCGCAGAUAUAAAAUGCUCCUGUUUGUAAUUUCUGUUCGGCAUCAGACUCAUUUUGAGCUUCAGUUACACUUGUAACUUAAAGCCAAACAUUUGGAAAUGUAGCUGGCUACAUUCUUUCUAUGAUAAACAUUAGAAAUAUGAUGGCCAUGCAUCAUUUUGGCAAAAGAUACAUAGCUUUUUCAUUGUAAGCUCAUUUACUUUUGUGGCUGCUAGCCAAAUAGUGUAGCACUUCUAUUGUCAUCUGAUGAAAAUGAAUCUAUUUUCUGCCGAAUAUGUUGCACUAAUGUAUUUUCUGUGAAGAAAACUAGUUGCAUGCCCCUGAUCACUCUAUUGAAGCAAAUAAACACUGUUUUUCAAUAUAAAAUGCAGAUUUCUGAACUGUAACGCGACCCCUUACACACUUGUGUAUUUUACUACCUAUGUCAAUAUGUCUUUGUUGUAAAUGUUUUGGCGCCAAACUGGUGGCAGAUGUGAAAAAAAUCCAUAGUUGGAAGAAUUGCAGAGUUAAUUGAAAAUAAUGCCAUUGUUUAUUAAUGCUUUUUUCAUUAAGGCUAUUUUCUCUUGAACCAUAUGGUCUAUCCACUAAACUCAAUAACAUUGCUGUGGGGCGCGUGCUCAGCCACUGCUUAUAACUAGAAGUUAAUUAUAACUAUAAGAAAUCUAAGAUGUGUCAAAUAAAUGAUAUCCAGCUCAGGGCUCCAGCUAUGCAUUUGGUUUGCUAACUUGCUAGCUAAGUGGCUAGAUGUCAAGAUCAAGCUUCUUGGUUACAGCAGAGACAUCCAAUCCCCUCCUGGAUCAAGAUCCCUGUUGCCUAAAUUGUUUUGUGCGUCAAAGAAAUAGCGCCCCAUUCGGUAAUACCGUAUACCCCGGUAUGGUCCAGAAACGGUAUGACUGUACGGAUACCUGGAUACCACCCAACCCAACUGUAUAGUGAUUUAUAAUUCAUUUAGGGCAUUCAGGAUGUGCAGGCGUUGUGUUCUUGACUUUCAUGUCCUCUCUCCUCUCGCUCUCUCGCUGUCCUUCCUUCCCUCCUCUCACAGUGUGUGCUGUACCUCUGGUCACUCAAGAUCAAUCACCCGACCACACUCUUCCUCCUGCGAGGGAACCAUGAGUGCCGGCACCUCACAGAGUACUUCACCUUCAAACAGGAAUGUAAGUACUGUCACUGCAGCAUGGCAGGUCACACCAAUGAGGACAAGCCUAAUGUGAUGCAACACCGUAGGGUACUACUUAGGGAUCAAGGGACCUAUCCAACCAGAGUAGCAGACCUGGCUCUACUCUGCAAGCAGAUGGGACAUAAAGUAUAUGCUUAAAGGGGACCUUCUUCCCCCUAGCUUUGAGACCUAUUGCUGCCCUUAGUGCAGUUGUAUUUGUGGCUGAUGAGCUUGGCAACCGUUCAGUAAUAGACAAAGACAUCAGGAAGCCUGUCCGUCACAGUCAUCAGAUGUAACGUCUCAUCAUUCUGAUGUCUUUAUCCAUGCAUAGAGACCAUGUCUCCUCUUCAAGGUACAGACAGACAGUGAGCUGCAGAGGCAUGAAGAGCAGCCAGCCAUGUUGAUGUUAUUCAGACAGUUACACACUGAGAGAGCUGACACACCCACAAUUUGUUUAUAGAAGAGGUAGGUAGGUGUGUGUGGUGUGUGGGUGGCACUGUGCAUUCAAGUGGCAGCACAGGUGUGAGGCAAUAGUAUGCAAACAUCGGCAAAGAAACAAAUCUCACUUUGGCAAACAGGACAGGAAAGACAACCACAACAUUGGCAAAUAGCAUUUAAUUGAAAAACACCCAUUGGAAAGAAAGAUGCUUGUCUAAUUUGUUUAUAUUGAAUGCACUCAUAAGCAUGCAUUUAAACUAAUUGAGCAGCGCCAGGCAGGCAGAGGCAGUUUGCACGACUGAUCCUUGUUGCUCUUCUCUUCAGGAUGAAAGUAAAACAAACUGUCUGAAAAUGUCUAGUACAGUGCCUUGCAAAAGUAUUUAUCCCCCUUGGUAUUUUUCCUAUUUUGUUGCAUUACAACCUGUAAUUUAAAUGGAUUUUUAUUUGGAUUUCAUGUAAUGGACAUACACAAAAUAGUCCAAAUUGGUGAAGUGAAAUGAAAAGAAAUAACUUGUUUCAAAAAAAAUAAUAACGGAAAAGUAGUGCGUGCAUAUGUAUUCACCCCCUUUGCUAUGAAGCCCCUAAAUAAGAUCUGGUGCAACCAAUUACCUUCAGAAGUCACGUAAUUUGUUAAAUAAAGUCCACCUGUUUGCAAUCUAAGUGUCAAAUGAUCUCAGUGUAUAUAUACACCUGUUCUGAAAGGCCCCAGAGUCUGCAACACCACUAAGCAAGGGGCACCACCAAGCAAGUGGCACCAUGAAGACCAAGGAGCUCUCCAAACAGGUCAGGGACAAAGUUGUGGAGAAGUACAGAUCAGGGUUGGGUUAUAAAAAAAUAUCCAAAACUUUGAACAUCCCACGGAGCACCAUUAAAUCCAUUAUAAAAAAAUUGAAAUAAUAUGGCACCACAACAAAGAAAAUAGCUCUCUUCUCCGGAAGUCAGCCAGAAGCUCAUGUGACUGACAACAGUUUAGCUACGGGAUCCUUACACACCUUUGGCAUAGGGCUGGGCAAUAUGGCCUGAAAAUUAUAUCUAGAUUUUUUAUUUUACUUAAGACCGAUUCACUAUAUAUAUAUAUAUAUAUAUAUAUACACACACAUAUAUACAGUGAGGGAAAAAAGUAUUUGAUCCCCUGCUGAUUUUGUAUGUUUGCCCACUGACAAAGAAAUAAUCAGUCUAUAAUUUUAAUGGUAGGUUUAUUUGAACAGUAAGAGACAGAAUAACAACAACAAAAUCCAGAAUACAUUUUAAUAAGGGAAAUAAGUAUUUGACCCCCUCUCAAUAAGAAAGAUUUCUGGCUCCCAGGAGUCUUUUAUACAGGUAACGAGCUGAGAUUAGGAGCACUCCCUUUAAGAGUGUGCUCCUAAUCUCAGUUUGUUACCUGUAUAAAAGGCACCUGUCCACAGAAGCAAUCAAUCAAUCAGAUUCCAAACUUUCCACCAUGGCCAAGACCAAAGAGCUCUCCAAGGAUGUCAGGGACAAGAUUGUAGACCUACACAAGGCUGGAAUGGGCUACAAGACCAUCGCCAAGCAGCUUGGUGAGAAGGUUACAACAGUUGGUGUGAUUAUUUGCAAAUGGAAGAAACACAAAAUAACUGUCAAUCUCCCUCGGCCUGGGGCUCCAUGCAAUAUCUCACCUCAUGGAGUUGCAAUGAUCAUGAGAACGGUGAAGAAUCAGCCCAGAACUACACGGGAGGAUCUUGUCAAUGAUCUCAAGGCAGCUGGGACCAUAGUCACCAAGAAAACAAUUGGUAACACACUACGCCGUGAAGGACUGAAAUCCUGCAGCGCCCACAAGGUCCCCCUGCUCAAGAAAGCACAAAUACAGGCCCGUCUGAAGUUUGCCAAUGAACAUCUGAAUGAUUCAGAGGAGAACUGGGUGAAAGUGUUGUGGUCAGAUGAGACCAAAAUCGAGCUCUUUGGCAUCAACUCAACUUGCCGUGUUUGGAGGAGGAGAAUGCUGCCUAUGACCCCAAGAACACCAUCCCCACCGUCAAACAUGGAGGUGGAAACAUUAUGCUUUGGGGGUGUUUUUCUGCUAAGUGGACAGGACAACUUCACUGCAUGAAAGGGACGAUGGACUGUCAAAUCUUGGGUGAGAACCUCCUUCCCUCAGCCAGGGCAUUGAAAAUGGGUCGUGGAUGGGUAUUCCAGCAUGACAAUGACCCAAAACACACGGCCAAGGCAACAAAGGAGUAGCUCAAGAAGAAGCACAUUAAGGUCCUGGAGUGGCCUAGCCAGUCUCCAGACCUUAAUCCCAUAGAAAAUCUGUGGAGGGAGCUGAAGGUUCGAGUUGCCAAACGUCAGGCUCGAAACCUUAAUGACUUGGAGAAGAUCUGCAAAGAGGAGUGGGACAAAAUCCCUCCUGAGAUGUGUGCAAACCUGGUGGCCAACUACAAGAACCGUCUGACCUCUGUGAUUGCCAACAAGGGUUUUGUCACCAAGUACUAAAUCAUGUUUUGUAGAGGGGUCAAAUACUUAUUUCCCUCAUUAAAAUGCAAAUCAAUUCAUAACAUUUUUGACAUGCGUUGUUCUGGAUUUUUUUUUUUGUUAUUCUGUCUCCCACUGUUCAAAUAAACCUACCAUUAAAAUGAUAGACUGAUCAUCUCUUUGUCAUUGGGCAAAUGUACAAAAUCAGCAGGAGAUCCAAUACUUGUUUCCCUCACUGUGUUUGUGUGUGUGUAUAUAUGUAUCAAUAAAUAAAUAAAAGUUUUCUAAAUAAGCGUUGUACAAUUAAAGGUCAAGUACACUGCAUUUCAAACAGUCUGCAAUAAUCGAAUGAAUUCAGGGCAUGUGAAGUUUUACUAAACAUAAGACCAAGUAAUAAUGUAAUUAUUUUAUCAAAAUAGUGUAACCUGCUUUUUUUGUUGUUGCAGUCACUGAUCUGGCUUUCAAGUCUGUCUAUGAAAAUGCCCUUAAUUUAUUUAACUACAACCAUGCAUAAUGCACAUUCACUAAUAAUGACUAUCUUCUUGUAGCAGGCAUUAGGCUGUAGAAAAUUAACACAGGUCUCAUCAACAAUCUCUCAAGCCCACAUGCUAGUGAUUAGCCAGCUAAUCUUUAUAUUUCAAGUUUAGCCAACUUGGAUCUAUUUGCUAGCUAACAAGGUUGAAUUGUUGAAAAGCAUGUUAGCCUGUCCACUUUGUUCAGAUGUUGUAAUCAAGUGGCCUAACUUAUUUCUCAGAAUGAGAACGAGUUGCCAAUUCCUUUAUAUAAUUGUUUUAUGCUUAUUGCAAACAGACUACACAGGUAGCAUAACAGUAUUUUGCUAAAAUGAUGCUAGCGGUACGUGAUGCUAGUACCGCACGCGACAAACUGAGAAUUCAUUUUCCAGAAUCAAUAUUCAUUAAUACUCUUGUUUUAGUAGUGUCUGCUCUGCGCGCAAUUUGAGUAGUUGAGACAACUUUUCUAACGAUAGCCUUUUUAACUUCUCUAUUACAGUAAAAUAAUGUCUCAAUGUGUUUUGGUGUCCAUAUGAACGACUGUUGGAACAAACCUCAAAUGAAAAUAAUGAGUUGAAACCGCUUGUCAAAGAGGAAGAUGUGAUCUCUCAUCUUUGUUGCCGUGAGAGGCAGGGGGAGGGACUUGAUGUGUGUGUAAACCGUAGAGUAAGAGUCGAAGCGAGAGGUUUCACUCUCGCUAAAAUCUGUCCAAAAUAAGGCCAAUGUGUUUAUGGGUUUAUUUUGGACCUAAGCUUGUCGCCUGUCUUCCCGCCUUUGGGACAACGACUCCCGUUGUUAUAGUGGAGACUUGCAUCUCGUCAUUAUAUACAGAUCUCUGGUGUAAAUGGGAAGACGCACAGAGGAGCGAAGGAGACGUGACCAAAGAUACAACAUGAGAACAAGCGGACAUAAACGCUCAUAAAAACGAAAAAUAACAAAACCUUGAUUCUUGCGAUACAGGCAUUUGGAAUAUCGCGCAAAAACAUACAUUCGAAUUAAUUCGAUAUAUCGCCCUACUUGGGCAGAUGAAUGGCUUUCACUUGAUCACCCCACAUCUUUAGCAGUAGAUUCAAUUAGAUAGUCUAUAGCCAAUGCCCUAGUAUUUCAGAGACUGUUGUUUUGGUUUGUCAUUCAGCCUUUGGGUUAGUGCAAGACUGUUCUAUAUCGUGGAGCUCCGCCCCAUAGGGGAGCUCUGCUCCUAUUGGUUUACCCUCUGCCCUAAGGCAGCAUCAGCCUGAGACAAAAUUAUGCACACACCUACAGCCAAUAGGAGUACAGGUGUCCCUAUAAGAGGGGAUGCCUCCCCUCAAUCAGCCUCCCUUUUUCUUCAGCGACUGGAUGACUAGACUGAAGAGCCAAGAAAAGACGAAGCACAAGACUCAGGACGAAAAAAAAAACGCCGUUGAUAUUCCAGUCAUCAACGUCGUCUAAAUGAGCACACCGGGAGAUUUUCCACCCCCAAAAGCUCUUUUCAGAGCUCAGUGCAGAUGCACUUCCAUGGCGGCCGGUGACCACCACGACCUGUGUUUCGUGUGUUUGGGAUCCCAGCAUGCCAAGGAAGGCGUCUGCAGUCCCCCGAAUUGCGCCUCCUGCGCCCUCCUUUCUUUAAAGGAGAGGAAGCAGCGUUGGGCGUUUUUCAGGGAGGACAUCCCCCUUGAGGACGUGCUGUCGAUACUAGCCUCUGCUUCAGAGGCGUCGUCCGACGGCGCAGACUCGGGGGAAGAUAAGGACUUUGAGGAGGAGUCUGGCAUUCCAAUGGAACAGUCGGACCCCAUCCCUCAUACUUUCAAGCCCCCCUUUCCUUUGGAGAGCGAGAGGGCUUGUAGUCCUUAUAGCGACGGGGAUACGAGCUCUGAGAGAUCAGAAGCUUUCUCUUUCGCCGCAGCCUCUCUGAGAUCGGAUUUUCCGAGUCUCAUUGAGAGAGCUGCUCAACGGCUGGUGAUAAGGCUGCCCCCUCUUCCCUCCGCACCGGAGGUUGAUAUGAUGGAGGGCGGUCCUUAUUCCAGACCAAGGAAGGCGGCAGAGCCAGUGGCUCCUGCCAUGCCUUCUUUGGCUAGAUACGUUGAGGGCUCGUGGGAGGCACCUUUAGCGGCGCGUUCGCCUGUAAAAGCGUAUCUCCCAUUCACGAGAGUGGAAGGAAGGUUCCAGGGUCAGGGAAUCCCCAGGUUAGAGAGCGCCAUGGCGGCGUAUCUCGUACCGGGUUCGAGCCCUUGGCCCUCUUCCAAGAAGGCCACGUUGCCAUCCCACAAGGACCGACUCACAGCGUCGCUGUUAGAGAAGUCCUUUGGGUUGGGAGCCCAAGCUGUAGCAGCAGCUAACAACAUUGCCCUCUUGGCGGCCUCUCUGUCCCGUUUAACCACGGGCAAGACAGAGCUGGCAACCGGACCACAGUAGCCCACAUAAAUCGCCAGGGAGGAGUCAGGUCUCCUGCUCUCCAUCGGGCGGCAGAGGAAUUGUGGCUGUGGGCUCACGAGCACCUUCGCUCAUUGAGAGCAGCACACAUUCCGGGCUACUUGAACGUAGGAGCAGACCUCAUGUCAAGAGGGGGUCCUCGAGACGACGAGUGGUGUCUGCAUCCAGACAUUGUUCUCCAGAUUUGGGAACAAUUCGGGAGAGCCGAGGUGGACCUAUUCGCGUCACGCGUGAACGCGCAAUGUCCUCUGUGGUUCUCUCUGAGGGAACAGGACGAACCGCCACUGGGAAGGGAUGCCUUUGCGCACCAACCGUGGCCGAGAGUUCUCCUGUAUGCAUUCCCUCCGCUGUCCUGCAUUCUCCCACUGCUAGCCAGGGUGAGGUCAGGGGGGCUGUCAGUGAUACUGAUAGCGCCCGAUCACCCGGGGGCUCCUUGGUUUGCGGAGAUGAGUCAGAUGUUGAUUGCGCCACCUUGGCCAAUUCCACAUCGACGGGACGCGUUGUCUCAGGCGGGUGGCAUGAUAGGGAAAUUGCCCAUAAUCGGCCAACCACUGAAGGCCUGGCUGCUGAGAGGGACAGGCUAGAGCGCCGUGGGUUAUCUGAUGCAGUGAUCAGGACCAUACAGGGUUCACGUGCCAGUUCCACUUCUAAGAUGUAUGCCAGUAGAUGGAACGUGUUUUCACGAUGGUGUGUCACACAAGGUGUAGACCCCAUGAGCUGUCAGGUGGAGAGUAUUCUCUCUUUUCUACAGCUCAUGUUUGAUAAGCAAAAAUCGCCUGCCACGAUUAGAGUGUUUGCAGCAGCGAUUUCAGCUUGUCAUGAGGGUUUUGGCAGAGACAAUGUCUUUAGCCACCCUCUAGUGAAACGCUUCCAAUUAGGAACGCGGCGACUUAGGCCAACACCUAGAGUCACGCUUCCUCAGUGGGAUUUGGCUUUGGUACUCGAAGCGCUAUGUAAGUCGCCGUUCGAGCCAUUGAAUCAAAUACCCCUCAAGAUGCUGUCUAUAAAGACAGCACUGUUGCUCGCUUUGACUACAGCUAAGCGGGUCAGUGAUUUGUGUGCUCUUUCGACGAGACCUGACUGCUUGGCCAUCAAUGGUGACCUGAGCAGAGCAGUGUUACGUCCUAACCCGGCAUUUGUGCCGAAGGUUAUUAAGAGUUCAUAUAGGUCACAGACCGUGGAGCUGUGGGCUUUUUCUCCUCCUCCUCAUAGAGAGAGGAGUGAGGAAAAGCUCCAUCGCCUGUGCCCGGUACGCGCUUUGGCGUGUUACGUCGAGCGCACAGCAGCGAUUAGGUCAUCGCCUCAGUUGUUUGUGUGUCACGGUGCGGCUGCACUAGGUAGACCACUUUCAAAACAGAGGUUGUCUCACUGGCUUUGUGAAGGCAUUGAGACAGCUUAUGAGGCAGCAGGGCGGCAAUUGCCUCAGGGUAUCAGAGCUCACUCCACUCGUGGAGUAGCGGCUUCUACUGCCCUUUUCAGAGGAACAGGGGUAGAGGAUAUCUGUAGAGCAGCAUCCUGGUCGACGCCGUCUCCAUUUAUCCGUUUCUAUCUCUUAGAUAUGUCUUCUAACUCUCUGGCUCGAUCUGUACUCAGCGUGGCUGAAGGGAGAUCUUGAGCAAGAAAGAGAGGAGAAGCAGGACUGUGGACACAGGUUUCCAUCAGGUCCGCUUUGGUUAGGAAGACGUGUUUUUGACAGAUGUGUUUUCUAACUCUUUGGCUCGGUCUGUACUCAGCAUAGCUGAAGGGAGAUCUUGAGCUAGGAAGAGAGGAAAAAGCAGGACUAUGGACAAGGUUUCCAUCAGGUCCGCUUUGGAUAAGAAAACAACAUAUUUUGUGGCAUGACUCCUGACUGACAGGUUCAGUACAGUAGAGGCAUGCGUUGAUUGACAGAAUGUGAGGUCAUCUAUCUGCUUGUUCAGUUUAGUAUGACUCAUGUUUUGUUCCUGCCCACUAAUCUUGGGAUUCCAUUGAGUGAGUGGGGCGGUCUACCGCGUUCACAAUGUAGAGUGACACUUUGUGUCAUUCCAUUAGUGGUCGGUAGUGUUUUCACAGGAUAUUGAGGCACAUCUAUCUGCUAGUACAGAGUAGUAUGGCUUCUAUUCUGGUGAUCUGCCCACUAGUCAUUGGCAUUGCCAUUGGACUAGGUGGGGCGGGUCUUUAACCGAUGACGCGGUAUAUUGUGACGCCCGUAAGGGUUUUUAGUUGCAGUACUGCGGGACUUGGUCGCAGCCAUUGCUAGGCCUGACCUUUUUCGUUUCGAUGGGAAGUGUUGGGCUCGGCAGGGAGUACAUUUUGGAGCGCUACGCUCCGCCUUAAACCAAUAGGAGCAGAGCUCCCCUAUGGGGCGGAGCUCCACGAUAUAGAACGAUUAGUUACCGGAGUGUAACUCCAGUUCUAUGAGUGGAGCGGAGCCCCAUAGGACUUAAGGCCCUGCCGACCCUCUCUAGUCUCGCUGAAGAAAAAUAUCUCGGGAGGCUGAUUGAGGGGAGGCAUCCCCUCUUAUAGGGACACCUGUACUCCUAUUGGCUGUAGGUGUGUGCAUAAUUUUGUCUCAGGCUGAUGCUGCCUUAGGGCAGAGGGUAAACCAAUAGGAGCAGAGCUCCCCUAUGGGGCUCCGCUCCACUCAUAGAACUGGAGUUACACUCCGGUAACUAAUCGAUUUAAUUCCUUUCUGUGCUCCUAGACAGGCCUCUGAACAUUUUAACCAUAUCAGGAAACAUGAGUUCCAUAUAAACUGAUUUCAAACCCUGAAGGCCAAAUGAAGGGAGUGCGGUGUGGUGCUCUCUACCUUCGCUACUUUAGAAUAUUUUGAAUGCUUCUCUCUCUCAACCCAGGUACUCACAGAUUAUCUUGCUUUCCUUGGACUCUCAAUGAUAGUGGCUCCUGUCCAGCACUAAGCAUUGUAAUUUGGGGCAUUCGUUGGACUAGUUAAUGAGAGGGGAAGGGAGGUUUGUUGUUAGGCAGAACUAACUGUUCCUAAUUUACUGGCCUAAUCAGAAUCACUGCCAUUCUCUCGCCUUAUAUGGACUUCACUUCCUCAAGUCAGUCAGUUAAUCUGACCUGUGUUAAGUGUUGUGCAAGACAAAUUAUACUCAAUCUGAUGAAAGUUGUCUUAGGCCUGAAGUAAAGAAGCUUAAGCAAUUAUCUAGGAGGACACAACAUCUGCUGCGGUGUAGCCAGUAACUGUUAAGAUAGUGGUUGAACAUAUGUAGGUUACUAGGCCCAAAGGACCUGUGUGAAGUAUGUGCCGCCACUACAUGUAUGCUGUUGCUACUAAAGGCAGAAGAACAAAACAACGAAACCCUCUGAAAUACCAGGCUAUAGCUAAUUGAGACUACUUCCUACUAACAGUUAUUUUGGCAUGUAGACACGCUUAGCUUGAUCUCAGUGAUAAUUAAUGUGGUACUGUCUUAUCAAGUGUUUAACUAGCGCUAGUAGUUUCUCUCUGAAAGCAAUUUUGAAGUUUAGUUUUGUCUCACCUGUUCCAUAUUUAGGUAAGAUUAAGUACUCUGAGCGCGUGUAUGAUGCCUGCAUGGAGGCCUUUGACUGCCUGCCCCUCGCUGCUCUCCUCAACCAACAGUUCCUGUGUGUACACGGCGGUCUCUCCCCAGAAAUCAACUGCCUAGACGACAUUAGGAAAGUAAGUUCACAUGGCACCUGAUGAGAAAGUGGUGUUUGAGUCCACGUUUGACUACAAAACCAAGUGUGGAUAAAUUUGAUUGAUUUUUAAUCUGUGAUCAAUCAGUUUUCUGUGACUCACGGUGCUGUUUGUGUGUGCGCGCUCCGCAGUUAGACAGGUUUAAGGAGCCUCCAGCUUUCGGCCCUAUGUGUGACUUGAUCUGGGCUGACCCAGGAGAGGACUACGGCAGUGAAAAGACAGCAGAACACUUCAACCACAACUCAGUGCGAGGCUGCUCCUACUUUUUCAGGUACGGUACUAGUUCAGCUCAAUGUGUCCAGUUUCAGAUGGAUAAGAAAAAUAUUAAAUGGUCAAUAAUACUGACCAAUGAAAUCAAAUAAUACUGUUUGCCACUUGAAUAGUUUCCAUAUCCUCUGAGGAUCCAGGGAUAGGUCUGCAUGAUAGAACAAACGCUAACACUACACACCCAAGUAUAACUGAUUUAAAAGACAAGCAUUGUAAUUUUGAAUUUCAUAAAGUGAGUCUGGAAGAGGUGAAAAAAUGAUUGUUGUCUAUCAACAAUGACAAGCCACCGGGGUCUGACAACUUGGAUGAAAAAUUACUGAGGAUAAUAGCGGAUGACAUUGCCAUGCCUAUUUGCCAUCUCUUCAAUCCAAGCCUACUAGAAAGUGUGUUCCCUCAGGCCUGGAGGGAAGCAAAAGUAAUUCCGCUACCCAAUAAUAGUAAAGCCCCCUUUACUGGCUCAAAUAGCUACCAAUCAGCCUGUUACAAAAACUUUUUGAAAAAAUGGUGUUUGAGCAGAUACAAUGCUAUUUUACAGUAAACAAAUUGACAACAGACUUUCAGCACGCUUAUAGGGAAGGACAUUCAACAAGCACGGUACUUACACAAAUGACUGAUGAGAGAAAUUGAUAAAAAUAUUGUGGGAGCUGUUUUGUUAGACUUCAGUGCGGCUUUUGACAUUAUCGAUCAUAGUCUGCUGCUGUAAAAACCUAUGUGUUAUGGCUUUACACCCCCUGCUAUAUUGUGGAUAAAGAGUUACCUGUCUAAUAGAACACAGAGGGUGUUCUUUAAUGGAAGCCUCUCCAACAUAAUCCAGGUAGAAUCAGGAAUUCCCCAGGGCAGCUGUCUAGGCCCCUUUAAUUUUUUCAAUCUUUACUAACGACUUGCCACUUUGAGUAAAGCCAGUGUGUCUAUGUAUGCGGAUGACUCAACACUAUACACAUCAGCUACUACAGCGAGUGAAAUCACUGCAACACUUAAAAAAGAGCUGCAGUUAGUUUCAGAAUGGUUAGUCCUAAGUAUUUCAAACUGAAAGCAUUGUAUUUGGGACAAAUCAUUCACUAAACCCUAAACCUCAACUAAAUCUUGUAAUAAAUCAUGUGGAAAUUGAGCAAGUUGAGGUGACUAAACUGCUUUGAGUAACCCUGGAUUGUAAACUGUCAUGGUCAAACAUGUUGAUACAACAGUAGCUGAGAUGGGGAGAAGUCUGUCCGUAAUAAAGCGAUGCUCUGACUUUUUACCUACACUAUCAACACAGGCCCUAGUUUUGUCGCACCUGGACUACUGUUCAGUUGUGGUCAGGUGCCACAAAGAGGGACCUCUGAAAAUGACAAUUGGCUCAGAACAGGGCAGCACAGAUGGCCCUUAAAUGUACACAGAGAGCUAACAUUAAUAAUAUGCAUAUAAAUCUCUCAUGGCUCAAAGUGGAGGAGAGACUGACUUCAUCAUUACUUGUUUUUGUAAGAAGUGUUGACAUGCUGAAUGCACCGAGGUGUCUGUUUUUUAAACUACUAGCACACAGCUCGGACACCCAUGCAUACCCCACAAGAUGUGCUACCAGAGGUCUCUUCACAAUCCCCAAGUCAAGAACAGACUAUGGGAGGCGCACAGUACUACGUAGAGCCAUGGCUACAUGGAACUCUAUUCCACAUCAGGUAACUGAUGCAAGCAGUAGAAUCAGAUUUAAAAAACAGAUAAAAAUACACCUUAUGGAAAAGCAGGGACUGUGAAGAGACACACAGACAGGCACAGACACGCUUACACAUACACAUGAUAAGACUCUAGACACGUACACAUGGAUUUUGUAUUGUAGAUAUGUGGUAGUGGAGUAGUGGCCUGAGGGAACACACUUAAUGUGUUAUGAAAUGUAAUGUUAUAUUGUAUUUCACUUCCUUAAUGUUGCUUGACCCCGGGAAUAUGGAACACCGUUUGGGUCUUUGCGUCAAAUAACACGUCAAAUAACACAAUUCUAUUAUAGAAUGCUGUGUGUGCUGAAUUUGCACGUGCAAGCCAAGCGCCACCAUUACGAUCACUGUCAAAGCUGUACAAUACUGCGCUGGUAAUAAGGCAUUAUUUGUUCGACCGAAUGGGAAAACGUUUGUGUGAGCAUUUGAAAUUAGAUCAGGAUCAAACGAGCAGGAUCAAAAAUGUUUGCAAAUAUCUUUGAUACAGAUGUUAAUAGCAACUUCUGGGGUAGCUAGCUUUAGCUUGGUACCUAGCUAGCACCAAUGCAACCAGCCUGAAAACAAUGACCAGUAGAAACUGCAGUCAUUUUCAAUUUUCUUAGCAAUGAUUUAGGAAUCCAUUUGAGUAAGUAUUAGCUAGGUAGCCACUUGUUCUCCUAUUGAAGUAACUCGGUAGCCAGUUACUUAACCCCGUUGCCCAAAACUAACGUUAUAAGCAGCCAGCUAGCUUCAUCUGGCAAGUAUGGCUUGACCAGACCAAGUUAUGUGUUGUGAAGCUAGCCACAAUAGUGGAAUUUGCGUUUCGCCUUCAAAAUAAAAGUCCCCAUUUGAAAGUAAUGCAGAAGGUUACAAUGGGUGGAAACAUGCCAUAUUUAGACUAGAUAAUGUUAAACAAGGUUGGAGUGUUGUAAUGUGGAGCAAUGAAAUGUGGUAUCAGUCUACUCGGUGACACCCACAGAACACAACUGUGAAGAGUUUGUAAAUAUUAGUGUCGUAGCUCUUAUUGCAGGACUUUGGCUGUGGGAAAUCACCUCCCCAGUCAGCCUAUUGUGCGUAUUGACAUUCAUAUUGCACAGUACAGCCUUACUUAAGGAUUUGGGAUGAAUGAAAUGUGGUAUCAGUCUACUCAGUACCCAAGUGCUUUUUUCCCAACGUCGUCCUCAGAGUUAUCAGACUCCAAAACACCAUGUUGUAUUGUUUUUCCUCUGGAAUACUGUUCAAUACACAUAGUAGGUUGACUGGUACAAUAAAUGUCUCAAUUCAGUUGUUUCGGAGUCCCGCAAUAAGAGCUACGACAUUAAUGUUCUCUGGGUGUCACCGAGUAGACUGAUACCCCAUGUCAUUGAUCCACAGUCCAUAUGUAAGGCUGUACAGUGAAAUAAGUAUGCAUCCAAUGCAAUUCUAAAGUAUAAUACAUCCAGUGUGAUUUGAACAGAUUUUUGUCAAAUUAACAAAUUGUCUUUUGUUGAUUUUAUAUAACAUUCCAACUUCGUUUAGCAUGAUCUAUUCAAUUAUGGCAUAAUUCUACUACUUGUAUUCAUUUGCAUCACUGUCAAUUACAUACGUUUAUUUUGAAGGCUAACUGCAAAGUCCACUAUUGUGGCAAAUCUUUAUUGUGGCUAGGUUCACAUAGAUGGGUCCGACCACCAUGAAUCAAAUAAGAACUGUCUUAAAAAUUAGGGUUAUUUUAGAUGAUUACACCUAGCUAGAUAGCUAACUAACUAUAGCUACUGAAACAGAUUGUCAUUUUGCUAUGUUUUUGGGGAAUAACAUUGUUUGCAUCCAUCAGCUAGCUAGCUUUUUUAAUGACAUCACCGUGUGUGCACGAGAACUUUACCAGCGUCAUAGCAAACGUAUCGAUGAAUCGUUGUGAUAGUGUAAUCAAUGUGUAAUAACUACGUAAACAAUUUAUGAACGCCUUAAAAUAUUAUGUGACGUGCAGACAUAUUCAGGUCCUGAUUGGUCAACAAGCUUAUUUGAAACUUCAAAUAGUGUUAUUUGACGUAUCUUUUUUGACACACAAAGACCCAAACGACGUUCCAUACAGGAAGAGUAGCUGCAGCCAAUGGGGAUCCUUAAUAAAUCCAAAUCGUACAGUUUGUGAGUGGACUAUAAGGUAUUGACAGCGCCAGUGCAUUGUCUCCCCAGCUUUACUAGCCUAUAUCUCUGUACACUGUUGACUUUUCCAGAUGGCAUAGGUUUGUUCCACGGAUGCUAACUAAAUUCAGGUGGCCCGCUAAUUGACUGACCGGUCUCUGAGGAUAGGAGAGGUGGAGCGGGGUCAUAUAAACCCCAGUCAUUUAUUUUAAUUUUAUUUAACCUUUUAUUUAACUAGGCAAGUCAGUUAAGAACAAAUUCUUAUUUACAAUGACGGCCUACACCGGCCAAACCCGGAUGACACUGGGCCAAUUGUGCGCUGCCCUAUGGGACUCCCAACCACGGCCGGUUGUGAUACAGCCUGGAAUCGAACCAGGGGGUCUGUAGUGACGCCUCAAGCACUGAGAUGCAGUGCCUUAGACCGCUGCGCCACUCGGGAGUAAAAGCCAGCCCAGCAGCCACAUCAAGAUCCGUCCCAAAUGGCACCCUAUUCCCUAUAGAGCCCUGGUCAAAAGUAGUGCACUAUAUAGGGUGCCAUUUGGGACGGAUCUCUGGCUGUAGGUGUGGCCUCCUGUUCUCCUUACUGCCUCUGGAGCAGCUAUCAGAACCCAUAAAUACCACAGCCUUGGCCCUGCUCUGCUCUACUCUGGCCUCACUAGUUCAUUAUCCCUGCCUACCUCCCAGGCCAGAGGGCAAGAGACUGACUGGGAUUCUAAAUGUAUUUCCAAAAGUAAAGAACUGCCAGAGAACGCUUCUAAUGGUGUUACUCAAAUAAUCUGUCAUAUCUCACAUUGCAUGGUUGCCAGAGUGACUCUGAGGUCCAGAUUUUAUUCCACUGGCUGUUCUAAUAGGCUGGGGGUUUUCUCUCCGUCUUGCCUUGCAGUUACCCGGCUGUAUGUGACUUUCUGAUAAAUAAUAACUUGUUGUCGGUAAUAAGAGCACACGAAGCACAGGAUGCAGGGUACGUUUCACUCUUUUUUUUAUCACUUAAUAUUACAUAAGUCAUUUUCUGCACUCCACUAUUGUGUUGUCAAACUUAAGUCAUUUUGUCUUUCUCAUCCCAGGUAUCGUAUGUACAGAAAAAGCCAGACUACAGGCUUUCCUUCAUUAAUUACAAUCUUCUCAGCACCAAAUUACCUAGAUGUGUAUAACAACAAAGGUUUGCAUACUCCUUAUAUCAAGACAGUGAUCUGUGUGGAUUUGUUUUUAUGCAUAGUGUUGUAUAGCUGUUUUGCCAAUUGGCUGGGAUUGGCAUUCCCCUCUUCUCGGUCUGGCCUUAAUUCUGCCUCUCCAGGUCUACUUGGGCGGUCUCCAAAAUAUGACAACAAUUUGCCAAUGUGUAACAAGUGCUACUUUUGCCAGUGAUACAUUUAGUUUGUCAGAAUGGCUAAGUUGAUCAUUAAUUUGUUCUUCUUGCUCUGACUUCCAGCUGCUGUAUUAAAGUAUGAGAACAAUGUGAUGAACAUUCGUCAGUUUAACUGCUCCCCCCACCCCUACUGGCUGCCCAACUUCAUGGACGUCUUCACAUGGUCUCUGCCCUUUGUUGGAGAGAAAGGUAUGCACGUGGUCGCCGUCCCAACUCGGUGUUGUUUCAGAGUUAAGAAUGCGGAGUAGAAUGCCAGAAAUGAGCAUUGGCACAUUCUAGCGUAAUAGGUCUGCACUCAAAAAGAUGCAGCAAAGACUGUUUUGGUGGUGGUGCUAAUCUGAGUUGUAGUGGUGCCUCCUCUCCCCUCCCCACAGUGACAGAGAUGCUGGUGAACGUGCUGAACAUCUGCUCUGAUGAUGAGCUCAUGUCGGAAGGAGACGACCUGUGUGAAGGUAAGAGGCACAGCCAGGAUUUAACCCCCGCUGGCCCACAGGGUGCAAAACGUACACCUGGGUUAACAUACAAUUAAAAGCAAAGCAGCCCUUCUGUUUUUAAUGAGGCACUUCAACCCCCAACACUAUCUCUUUGUCACACGCACAUACACGCACACACACCUCCACAUUAUCUCUAGAGUGUUAAGAAGGUAAAGCUGGUAGCUGGUUUAUCCACAGCAUGUCAUAAUAGCACAGUCAGAAACACAGUCUCUCAUAUGUCUGGAGUUCAGCUCGGAGAUCUCAGGACUCCCUGGAGAUCUGACAGAGCUCUCCUCCUCCCCUCCCCCCUCCUCCCCUUUGGCUCCCUUACUUUUCCCCACUGUCCUUAUCUCUUCCCUAUGAUAAUGUCAGACUACACUGAGUGUACAAAACAUUAAGAACACCUUCCUAUAUUGAUUUGCACACCCUUUUGCCCUCAGAACAGCCUCAAUUCGUCAGGGCAUGGACUAAUGUUUUGUUUUGUAGACUCAGUGUAUGUAAACGGUAGAAACCAUUACAAUGCAAUAUGAAAUCUCCAACAACCAAAUGCUUAGGAUAUUAUUUUUCUUGUAUUUUAUGAGAAGACGGUGGAAUCCCAGCAGUACGCAAAGAGGUGAUUCGGAAUAAGAUCCGAGCCAUCGGGAAGAUGGCCAGAGUCUUCUCUGUUCUCAGGUGAGACAUUCUCUCUCUCAGCAUCACACCUGACAGCGUAAAUUGUGUCCCAAAUUGCACCCGGUUUCCUGUAUAGUGCACUACUUUUGACCAGUGCCAAAGGGCUUUCGCCAUAAGCAGUACACUUUAGGGAAUAGUUUGCCAUUUCAGACACACCCAAAGACUCAAGACCUUGCGUCACAUAAAAAAAAAGCAAAAGUCAGACUUGGAGUGAAUUGGGUUGAGGUUGGGAGUAGACUGAAGUCUAUUUUUAGUUUAGACUUGAGUCUAGUUCAUGACAUGACUGAAGUCAGUUGAGUGCACAAUGAAGUCAUGUUUGAAAACACAGUGCUGCUUCCCCAUGAGGAUUAAUGAGCAGGCAACAGUCACAACACAGCACGUGGUGAGGCUGUGUAAUGACAUUGGCCUGCCACACAAAUGCAAUGGGGAAAGGGAGAUGCAGAUCAGCACAGAGAUCAUAUAAUCCACGUGUUCUAUAUGUAGGCCUAUUUCUGUCUUUCACAGUGGCCCAUAUACAGGGAUAUCAUGCGAUGCUACAGUAGCUACAGCUCAGUAUGAACAGAAAUGAGGAGUGUUUUUAACGGAUGUAGUUACUGAAAGCUUUGUUGGAUCUCUAAGGUGUUUCUCCUCUCUCUCUCUCUCCUCUCUCGCUCUUCAGGGAGGAGAGUGAGAGUGUGCUGACACUCAAAGGACUGACCCCCACUGGGUCGCUGCCUCUAGGAGUGUUAUCAGGGGGCAAACAGACCUUGCAGACCGGUAAGUCUCUUUCACCCACCCCUCUCCUCCCUCACCCUCCCCUCUCCUCCCUCACCCUGCUGUCUCUGUCCUUCUUUCUCUCUCUCUGAUGCCCCCAGCUCCACCAGUCCCCCAUGCCUUACCCUCAGAGGGCCCUGGGGUGUCAUGAGGGCCCUGGGGUGUCAUGCCAUUAACACUGUCAUUUCUCCCUGCACUAACGACACAGCCUUACCCCAGCCACACAGUAAACUGAAGGAUGUACAGUUCGCUCAAUGUUUUUGCAUUUUUACAUAAGUUCACUUUGGAAAAAACAUAAUAGAUCCUGCUCUUCUGCUUUCCGUCUUCCAUGAUGCAGUGGAGAUGGAAACCAUCACUGCCGCUGAAGCCUACACGUGGUCUUUGUUAAUAUACAGUAGAUGAACAUCAUGUUAGACGGCUGCCCUCACUCCACUAGCUCACUGGGCUACUAUGGGCCACACUGGUCACUAUAAAGGGAAUAUGUUGUGAUUUGGGACACAACCUUUGUCUGUCUGGGGCUCUGUAUCAAGCCAGCCGUCCCCGUGGGGUAGAGGGGGAGGGGGACUGAGCUGUGGGCGGGCGUGCGGGGGGUCAGAUCGGAGCCGCCUGUCACUGAUGUGGCCGUAGCCCUGAUCUAAAGGUCAACCAGCCCAGCCAGUGGGGGAACACACACACACCUGGCCUGUCAGCAGGAAGGAGAGAAGGGCAUGUUGGGUGCUGGUCUCCUCCCAGGCGAGGCGGAGGUGUAGUGAACGGAGCCACAAAGCUGUGAGCACUCAGAGAGAAACCACAUGACGUGACCUUUACCAGAAUGCCAUUGUCUGUCUUUUUCUGCGUGCCAAAUGGCAUCCUAUUCACAAUAGAGUGCACUACUUAUGACCAGACCCCUAUUAGUAAUUGGGAAGCACCCUGUGUCUGUCGCCCCUCCAGUCAGACCAAGGCUUUAACAUUGAGGUGGCUGGGCUGGCUGGCCAAGUUAAAACCCUGGAUAGGAUGUGUGUUCUGGUUCAUUACAUCCCCUGUUUGUUGUAUGUCUUCACUGCUACCUGACAGUGCUCUGGUGACAUUUAGGGGAAUGCUGAGCCGGUUUGACUGCAGUGACAGUUCUCUUUGAAAACUAAAGAGGGAAAUGCCUUACUUUAGCUAUUCUAUUCAGCCCUCUGUUAUGGUCUUUGAGCUAGAUUCACCAUGUGUUAUUCUGAGAGUGACACCAGUAACAGAGCACCUCCAUUAAGAACAAGUUGAAUAGAAAGAUUAAACCUGUCAUCUCACCACAGUUGUCAUCAUCACACGUGUUCCUUUGAGAACUGAGCCUAAACACACUUCAUUAAGACGAUGUGAUGUGUGUGAGAUGUAGCAAGGGGCCUUAAUUGACUUCACAGGAAAUCAGUUCCCUUCUCCUCCCAGCAGACUUCAUCAUUCGAUUAUGUUCCCAUGACAAGAUCCAGAAUAACCCAAUAAGAGGCCUGCUCACUGCUCUUAAAAAUCACCCUCAUCUCUCUGUCCGUCCACAUCUAAGCCCUCAUGACCAUUUAACAGCAGCCAGCACCAUCCUAGAUCUUCUGCAGGCCGCUCUCUCUCUGGGUGUGUCCUAAAUGGUACUCUGUUCCCUAUAGUGGACUACUGUUGACCAGAGCCUUGUGGGUGCUCCUAGUCCUAAAAUAAUAAGGACGCAGACUCUCUUUUAUCACACUGAAAAGUGUUUGAGGUGUAUUUGAAUGGUACCGUCUCUCUGUAAGUAGCCUUUAGAAGCAUGUAUAACCUGUAUUCCUGGUUGGUUGGCUCUUACUGUCUGUUCUGUGAUUGAUGUUAUCUGGUUCUCUGCAUUGAUGACUCACUUUUCUCCUUCUCACCACUACUCACAUUGACAUAGCUGCCGCUGAGGCCGCGGAGGCCAAAGGUACGCAAGCGGUCCCCGGAUCCCUCCCUCAGUGUGUGUUGUCCUUGUUGUGUAACUUUUAACCUUUCAAAUGGGGCCCGCCUUAAAUUUUCUGUGCACUCCUGUUUUUGUGACUUUUUAAAUGUUCCUUUUGUUAUUCUUGUUGUACGUGCACUGUGUGUGUGUGUCAUGGAUUGGUGUACUUUGCAAAAUGGCUGCUCUUGCAUUACCAGUGCCUGCUACUACUCAACAUACACUAUAUAUAAAAAAGUAUGUGGACACCCCUUCAAAUUAGUGGAUUCAGCUAUUUCAGCCACACCAGUUGCUGACAGGUGUAUAAAAUGCGCACACACCCAUGCAAUCUCCAUAGACAAACAUUGGCAGUAGAAUGGCCCGUACUGAAGAGCUCAGUGACUUUCAACUUGGCAACGUCAUAGGAUGCCACCUUUCCAACAAGUCAGUUCGUAAAAUUUCUGCCCUGCUAGAGCUGCCCCGGUCAACUAGGUGCUGUUAUUGUGAAGUGGAAACGUCUAGGAUCAACAAUGGCUCAGCCGCGAAGUGGUAGGCCACACAAGCUCACAGAACGGAAUCGCCAAGUGCUGAAGCGCAUAGCAAGUAAAAAUCACCUGUCCUCUGUUGCAACACUCACUACAGAGUUCCAAACUGCCUCUGGAAGAAAAUCCAGCACAAUAAAUGUUAGUUGAGAGCUGCAUGAAAUGGGUUUCCAUGGCCGAGCAGCCGCACACAAGCCUAAGACAACCAUGCGCAAUGCCAAGCGUCGGCUGGAGUGGUGUAAAGCUCACCGCCAUUGGACUCUGGAGCAGUGGAAACCAGUUCUCUGGAGUGAUGAAUCACGCUUCACCAUCUGGCAGUCCAACGGACGAAUCCGAGUUUGGCAGAUGCCAGGAGAACGCUACCUGUACCAAUGCAUAGUGCCAACUGUAAAGUUUGGGGGAGGAGGAUUAAUGGUCUAGGGCUGUUUUUCAUGGUUCAGGCCCCUUAGUUCCAGUGAAGGGAAAUCUUAACGCUACAGCACACAAUGACAUUCUAGACGAUUAUGUGCUUCCAACUUUGUGGCAACAGUUUGGUGAAGGCACUUUCCUGUUUCAGCAUGACAAUGCCCCCGUGCACAAAACAAUUUCCAUACAGAAAUGGUUUGUUGAGAUAGGUGUGGAAGAACUUGAUCGACGAGCAGGUGUCCACAUACUUUUGGUCAUGUAGUGUACAUGACAGGACUCAAAUGCCCAAGCAGGGGGCUCUCCAUUUGGCAGGAAAGACUUUAACUUGAACCUCAACAUGCACCUGAGAGUUACAUUAUUCCUAGGGGCUUUACACGAUGUGGACCAUGAUAACAUAAAGGCAAAGCCUAAACAGUUUUCACAGAUAGAUAUACUGUAGUUACAGAUACAGAGAGUCAGACAUUAGUCCUAGCAGUGACUUGUAGACAAACAUCUGUUGGCAGAGGCCACAUGGGUGAGAGCCGAGGUAGCUGGGUUCCUUGCCACUGGUCCAGGCAGCUGGUCCCUGAGCAAAGCCAGCGAAGACUCUGAUAGCCUAGGGAGGCUCAAUGGAGAUUAGGGCUGGGAAUUGCCAGGGACCUCACGAUACAAUAUUAUCACGAUGCUUAGGUGCCGAUAUGUAUUGCGAUUUGAUGUUCCAAACAUAUUGCUCACCAUAUGUCUGCUGCAGAGGGGCAAGCGAGCCAUGAAAACAUUUGUGGAGGUAGAGCUCAGAUAGAACCUACCACCUCCUGGCUAUCCAGGGAUAUUUUCAGUCUAAUCCUGUUAUGCUGCUUAGCUGUUGAUACUGUCAAUGUCUGCUCCUGUUGACACAUUACUAUCUUAGCACUCAGAUACUCUCUUUGACCGCAUGCACAUUUUGAAGUAGUAUAGGUAGUUUGGUUUCUGUCAAAUGAUAUUGAUAUUAUGUUUAUCAGAGCAUGUUUUAAGUACCACUCACCUAUUAAGUACCACUGUUUGCCUUACAAUGAUUCAUUUCUCACUGAUGUUAAGAGAAGUGUUGAGGUGUUUGUGCCACUUCAGCUGUUAGUUAAAACUGCAGAUCUCUGGUUGUGCAAGAGUGCCCAUUUCUAUGAGUGCAGUUUUGUAGAUCACAUUAUCCUAAAAUCAACUCUAAAACUACCAUUUUAGGGUGUUAUUUUCCUGUUAUUCUAAAUGUUCAAAUUUUUUGAAAUAUUUCAAACAUUUUUUGAAUAGUUACUUACUGUAUAUCUCUGGUUUGCCCAUGUUUUCUUUGUGGUUUCUCCUUGGCACUUGGAAUGUUACAGUAAGUCUCACAUUCACUGAGAGAUGUUGUAGCUUGUUCAGUGGUUUUGCCAACAGUACAGUGUUUCUGUCCAUUCGACUUGCUGUUUUUCUGUGUAUUCAAUGUACAUCUGUAUGUCUGCACUGUUUUCAGUCUAAGGACUGUCAGCUAUUACCUGCAUUUGGUAACAAAAUAACCUGGAGUUCACUAAGGACAUACAAUUUGACCGAAUCAAGGCAAAACUGAGAAAAUGUGCUUAAAAAAGCUCUAAAUGGGUUCAUUUUGCAGGUUUUACCUGCAAUUCCUUAUUGCAGAUCCUUAAAAUAUACUAAACAAAAAUAUAAACACAACAUGUAAAGUGUUGGUCCCAUGUUUCAUGAGCUGAAAUAAAAAAUCGCAGACAUUUUCCAAUAGGCACAAAAGCUUAUUUCUCUCAAAUGUUGUGCACAAAUUUGUUUACAUCCCUGUGAGUGAGCAUUUCUCCUGUGCCAAGAUAAUCUAUCCACCUCACAGGUUUGACAUAUCAAGAAGCUGAUUUAAACGGCAUGAUCAUUACACAGGUGCACCUUGUGCUGGGGACAAUAAAAGGCCACUCACUCUAAAAUGUGCAGUUUUGUCACACAACACAAUGCCACAGAUGUCUCAAGUUUUGAGGGAGCGUGCAAUUGGCAUGCUAACUGCAGGAAUGUCGACCAGAGCUGUUGCCAGAGAACUGAAUGUUAAAUUCUCUACCAUAAGCCGCCUCCAACGCCGAUUUAGAGAAUUUGGCAGUACGUCCAACCGGCUUCACAACCCCAGACCACGUGUAUGGCGUCGAGUGGUUGAGCGGUUUGCUGAUGUCAACGUUGUGAACAGACUGCCCCAUGGUGGUGGUGGGGUUAUGGUAUGUGCAGGUAUAAGCUACAGACAACGAGCACAAUUGCAUUUUAUCGAUGGCAAUUUGAAUGCACAUAAAUACCAUGACGAGAUCUUGAGGCCCAUUUUUUUAAGGUAUCUGUGACCAACAGAUGCAUAUCUGUAUUCCCAGUCAUGUGAAAUCCAUAGAUUAGGACCUAAUGAAUUUAUUUCAAUUGACUGAUUUGCUCAUAUGAACUGUAACUCAGUGAAGUCAAUGAAAUUGUUGCGUUUAUAUUUUUGUUCAGUAUAGAUCGCUAACUAUUUUUCACGAACAAUUAAAGUUGAAGCAUUCAAAGCAUUGUUUCCUUUGAUUUCUAAUUGUCCCUCUGUCUUUCAUUUCUUCCGUCCAGCCAUUCAAGGCUUCUCUCCCACAAGGAAGAUCAAGGACUUUGCGGAGGCACAGAGCCUGGACAAAGUCAACGAGAGGAUGCCCCCACGCAAGGAUGGCCAGCAGCCAGUCAACCCAAACGCCCCCAAGAACGGCACAGACUAGACCUGGAGAGAGAGACCCUCUCAUCCCCACCAGGCCAUGGCCCUGUCUCAUACACCCAAACUGUCUUUCUGUCUCUCUAACUCACUCCCUCCUUC